AUGGCGCGCUUCGUGACAAUAACCCCGGACAUGCGCGACGGCGUGCUCAAGCACCUGCGCGAGAGUUUCUUCGCAGAUGAGCCCCUCAAUAAGGCGGUAGGGCUGUGCCAGCGGGGGCAGCCUCAUGCCGCACUUGAGCGGCUGUGUGUCGCUACCAUCGCUGAUGGACUGUCGGUGGCUGCUGUAGAUGGAGACACGGUAGGUUUAACCAAGAGUUUUUUCGCAGAUGAGCCCCUCAAUAAGGCGGUAAGGCUGUGCCAGCGGGGGCAGCCUCAUGCUGCACUUGAGCGGCUCUGUGUCGCUACCAUCGCUGAUGGGUUGUCGGUGGCUGCUGUUGAUGGAGACACGGUUUUAGGCGUGGCCUUAAACGGCAUCUUAUGACCAGGGGACAUCGAGCAGUCCAUCGAUUUGAUCCAGCAAUCGUCAGACGAGAAAUACAACAAGAUCUUCACAAUCCUGUAUAAUGUCAGCCAUGAGCUGAACCUCUUCGAGAGCUUCCAAGUCGACAGAAUCCUGGAGUGCCGCAUAGUGUCCGUGUCUGAGCAGGCCAGGGGACAAGGAUUAGCCAAAGAAUUGAUGAGGAGGAGCACCGAGAUUGCUAAGGAUAACGGAUUUAAGCUGUUCAAAGUGGACGCAACAGGGGCCUUCUCCCAACGCAUCUGCCAGAGCCUAGGCCUCCGCACGCUGCGCCGAGUUCCGUACGCGGAGUACUGCGACGCCAACGGAACGCCCGUGUUCGACGUGCCCCCGCCACACGACUCUUUAUGUAUCAUGGUUUUAGAGAUACCCUGAAUUAACGAUUCCUAACGUUGACCGACAAUUGUUUGAUCUAAUGCAAUUU